UCUUCAGCGGCCAAAAGCACGUCAGUCUCGCGCUGGCUUGAACCGAACCAACUCUAGUGCUCCAGUUUCAGUGUUGUGACCGCUUGAAUGGAUUAUUUUUAAAACAGGGCGCGAUGCUGGGAUGAAUUCGCCGCUCCCGCAGAGUCCCCGGACCCGCAGGCAAUCCGGGGGUCGUCGUCCCCCGACCCACCUCCACUCGGACUGUCCUCCGGAGCCCGAGGACUGCGACGCGCCCGGACUGGGACAAAGAUCGGUCUCUUUGACGACUCUUCAGCCGACCAUCAUCCAGCCCAGAAUGGCCCAACUGGAGACACUGGAAGCCAAGAUGGCCAGCAUCGAGGUGUCCCUCUCGAGCACACCCAGACGCAAAAAGAACACCGGAAUUAACGCCUCGAUCCGGUCCGCUCCCAAGGAGAUCGCCGCCAAGGAGCUGGAGACGUUGAGGAACGCGCUGCGGGACAAGGAAAAUAUCAUACAGAGCUUGAAGGGCCAGCUGACCAUCCCCGGACUGAGGCUGACGCAGAUGCGCAACCCCUCCAACACCAAUCGGGAGCUGACAGAAGUUGAGAAAAAACAAGCCGAAGAAAGGCUCAAUAGGCUCAAGACGGACGUGGAUAACAAGCGCUUGGCUAUCAAGAACCUCAAAAUGGCUCUGGAACGGCUGGAUAUCACUGACAACAUCGACGUGCGGAUCCAGCAGGCCGAGCUCGAGUACCAGCUGGGUCGCGAAGAGCUCAAUUUGUUAACACUGCUCGAGGAAACGCGCGCUCUCCAAUUAUGUCUCGAUGAGUCGAACAAAAACUCGUCGGAAUCUCAUACUUUGUACAGUUGCGUUAACGGAAGCGUCCACGUGAUCCUUCGAGGUGUCGAGGUCGAGUUCGACCCGAAAAGCCCCAAGUUCGGGGCGAGUCAGAAGGAGGCCGUGCCGGGCUUGUGGAUAGAUUGGGCGCUCGAGGAAACGGGGCUGUGCAAAGGAGACAGAUUGGUCGAAGUCAACGGCAAAAUCGUCUUGACCAAAAACCGAGACGACCUCACUCGCCUCCUUGCCGCAGCACCGGACCCAGCCCAGAUAGUAAUUUUGCGAAAACUGCCCCAAAACGGCUCCACCCCCACUAUUGCCACCACCUCCAAAGAGGUGGCCUCGUUACGCUGCGAGCUGGAGGCGGUGCGCGAACGCGCCGAAGAGGCGCAAAAAACGAAAGAAAACCUCAUCUCGGACAACAUCAGACUGACACACCGAAUUUCCUAUCUGGAGGAACAAGUUUCCGAGCUCCUCUGUCGCAAGAAAUCCGACACCGACGUCCGGAUCUUAUCGAAAACUCCGGUGAUUUCGACGGUGAAAACCAACCAAAACGUCACAAACAUCAACAUAACGACGCCACCACCGAAGGACCUCCAGGUGUUCCAAAAGGGCCAGGUUACGGCCCUCGUGGCCAACAUCCCCGGGCUGGAGACGUCCAAAGACACGCUCCCAGUGCGCUCCAAAAGCAGUCUCUCGAACGUUUCCAACACCCAUAUCCCGGCGCCGGACCACCAUUGCCACAAGCCCCAUCGGCACAAGCACCGCUCACGCCUCCAGACCUCCACCAGCACCCAGCACCUGGACCAGAACGACUACCGCAAACACAACCACCACCACCACCACCGGGAGAAAGACUACAGCUCGGAGACCAACUCGGCCAUUGAGCACGUCUCCAGGUACAACAAACGCAACACUGAGAACGGCUUCGAGCACAUCAUGGACCAAAGCUACAAGAAAGCAACGAAAAUCGUCCACGAGCUCACGCGAGACACCCUCUACGAGAAGCACAGACAGAAGUGCCUCACAGCCUCCGAGAAGUACAACUCGGACAUCCUCAAGCACUACAACGCCCGGAAGUCGGCGUCGGUGCUGGACUUCCGCUCGGAAAUCCACAUAGGGCCCAAGUGCCCAGACUCGAAGAGUGUUGAAGACCUGGAGGAGAGAAAAGCCAAGAGGAUCCAAGACGCGCGCAGCGUCAAGUCGCUGGAUUUUGACAGCGAUUGCACGAGUCUCAAGUCCAAGUCGAUUGAUUACACUUCGGAGCCGACUGAGAGCCGGAAAUUGUCGGGAUAUGGGGGGUGUUGCGAGGUGAAGGCGCGGCCGACGCCGCCGAAGAAGCCGCUGCGGCUGUCGCUGCACAAAACGCAGAGUUUGCAGUCGGUGGAGACGCCCACUCCGGGGAGUUCCCCCGGGAAGGGCGAGUCCCGGAAACGGAACUACAAGGGGGAGAUGGGGCUGCAGAACGGCUGCCAGGAGGUCAAGUGGGCCGGGUUUGGCCACAAGCUGGAGAACGGAGUGGAGAGCGGGAGCUGGUGUUAGUGUAAAUUUGUAGACUGAUACGAUUUUAUAAUAAAUAUUUAAAUACCUACAUUAAA